CCGGAUAACGGGAACCGAGAAGGGGGACAGAGGCAAAACGCGUCAGUCUGACAGACAUAGACGGGGUGCUAUUGUAUAACACGGGCCUUCAGUUUUUUUCACUUGAGGCUGCUGUUACCAGGUGGAGCGCAACCUUUCUUUUGUUUUUCUUUUUUCUCCUUCUCUCACCGCGGAGGUAGAGACAGCCAGCGGCCGCUGGCGGAGGACCUGCACAUGUCGGCGCGGUGAGGGACCGUUUGUUUCCCCGCCCUGAUACGGCUGGAGGACGGCAGGAGGAAGAGGUUGUGUGAAGGGGGGUAUAAACCGCGACGAGAACAACUCUCCACCUCUGACCAAAAACAAAAAAAAUCAAAAUAAGCAGGUGCGGCCGUUUCAGUACGGUAUGAAGAGGAUCCGUUAAAAACGAGCGAGAAGGACAACAGUGAUGCGGCAGCCGAAGUGGGCCCAGAUUGAUGGUUUUAUGAUCAUAUCAUCAUCCACCGUCAGGACCGAUCACUGAUUUUAUUGAUAAGGAGCAUCAUCGAGGAGUAUAAACUAGCCUAUAGGCUAAACUGACCUGGGGUCCGUUGGUUUGUUUGUUUUGGUCUGGAUAAGCAGGAGGAGAUUCGUCGGUGCUUGAGUGCAGUGGUUUCUUUACAUAAGGAGCUGUGUGAGAUCAGUUAUAGAAAUAAAUAUCCACAUACAGCCCGAUGACUUAGUGUGUGUGUGUGUGUGUGUGACGCCAAUACAGCAGCAGAGAGGCGUGCGUGUGUGCGCGCGCGCGCGUGUGUGUGUGUGAGGAGACGCGCCUGUCUGAGCAUCAUCUGGUAGCUGCACAGGCUACUUCUCCACGGGGAUGAUACACAAGUGAUUUUUGAUCUGUGCCUGAAAAACAGAAGAUUCAGGGAUGCUGCUGUUGCCUUUUCCAGUCCGGCUCUGAUAGAGACUGCGAGGCGUACAGCACGGGACUGGGCAUCCAGAAAAUAUCUCUCCUCACCUUUCCUCCGCCUCUGCUCCUUCUCCCCCCUUUAUCUCUCCCCCCUCUCCUCCUCCUCCCCCCCUCCUGAGCGUCUAUUCAUACUGAUCAAUUGAUAAUUUGUGAUUCAGAAAGCCACCCACUCCUCCAUCCUCUCCUCCAUUCACCCAUACAUCCUCUUAAACGCAACCUUUACGCACUCACACACGCAAAGGCACGCACGCACCACCGCCAUCUACAUCUACAGCCACCAUGGAGACGACCAAGCUGCCUCCGACCAGCCCGUCCUCGCCGACCACCAGCUUCUCGGUACCGUCCGCGGAGAAGGUGGACGGCUUCCCGCGGAGGUCGAUGCGCAGAGCCCGGCAGAGGAGGUCCCACAGCUCGUCCCAGUUCCGCUAUCAGAGCUCCCAGGUGGAGCUCACCCCGCUGCCCCUGCUCAAAGACGCCCCGGUGGCAGAGUUACAUGACCUGUUCUGUAAGAAGCUGCAGCAGUGCUGCGUGCUGUUUGAUUUCCUGGACUGCGUGGCUGACCUGAAGGGGAAGGAGAUCAAACGUGCGGCACUCAACGAGCUGGUGGAGAGCGUGGCCACUAGCAGAGGAGUCCUCAUAGAGCCUCUGUACCCAGAGGCAAUAAAGAUGAUCUCUGUAAAUAUCUUCCGGACUCUCCCACCAAGCGAGAAUCCAGAGUUUGACCCUGAAGAAGAUGAGCCCACACUCGAAGCCUCAUGGCCGCAUCUGCAGCUGGUGUACGAGUUCUUUCUGCGUUUCCUGGAGAGCCCGGACUUCCAGCCCUCCAUGGCCAAACGCUACGUCGACCAGAAGUUUGUCUUGCAGCUCCUGGAGCUGUUUGACAGUGAGGACCCCAGGGAGAGGGAGUACCUAAAGACCAUCCUGCACCGUGUCUAUGGAAAACUACUGGGCCUACGAGCCUACAUCCGCAAACAGAUAAACAACAUCUUCCUCAGGUUCAUCUAUGAAACUGAGCACUUCAACGGAGUCGCGGAGCUUCUGGAGAUCCUUGGCAGCAUCAUAAAUGGCUUUGCCCUGCCCCUAAAGGCUGAACACAAGCAGUUCCUGGUUCGGGUUCUCAUCCCGCUACACACAGCAAAGUCCCUUUCCAUUUUCCACGCACAGCUGGCCUACUGUGUGGUGCAGUUUAUGGAGAAAGAUGCUACUGUGACUGAAUAUAUCAUCAGAGGGCUGCUCAAAUACUGGCCAAAAACCUGCACGCAGAAAGAGGUGAUGUUCCUGGGGGAGAUUGAAGAGAUCCUGGAUGUGAUCGAGCCGUCUCAGUUCAUCCGUGUGCAGGAGCCGCUCUUCAAGCAGAUCGCAGCCUGUAUCUCCAGCCCUCACUUCCAGGUAGCGGAGCGGGCUCUUUACUUCUGGAACAACGAAUACAUCCUCAGUCUGAUAGAGGAGAACUGUCAAGUCAUCCUGCCGCUGGUGUUCGCCACUCUCUACAGAGUCUCCAAGGAGCACUGGAACCAGACCAUUGUGUCUCUGAUCUACAACGUGCUGAAGACCUUCAUGGAGAUGAACAGCAAGUUGUUUGAUGACCUCACUGCCUCCUACAAAGUGGAGAAACAGAAGGAGAUGAAGCGAGACAGGGAGCGUGCAGACCUCUGGCGAGGCCUGGAGGAGCACCAGGAGCGCCGGAUGCAGAUGCUCACUGAGGCCGCAAGGAACCAGCGCAACCUCCAGGAGCGAGGCGAGAGAGGGGACCCGGCGACCCCUUCGUCCCCGCAGACGGCUAACUCCGACCAGCCCGAGCUCAAGCCCAGCGGGGCCUCCUCUUCCUCCUCUGGAGCCGGGGAGAGCGCCACCUAGGUGCAGCUCCAGAUUAGAUAACAGGGGGGAUAGGGGACAGAGAGAAGAUAUGAGGUUGGUGGUGAAAGGGUUGGGAUCUCAGAUGGAAAAGGUACAAAACAAAUCUGCAUUUCUUUUUAUCUUGUAUCAUCGAGGGGGUGGCUUUUUGUGAAAGAGCGCACAAAACUCAGUGAUACGAGGUAAAGACUGUACCUUUUUUCUGAUUGUGUGAAACUGGUUCACUUUUUGCUGUACACACAUUAUGUUGCAGAUCAGAAGAUGAAUAUUGUCCGAAAGUGCAGACUGUCAUUUUAAUUAACGGCUGGUGUAUUAAACUGCAGGUCAGUGCCCAAAAUUUGUAGCUGGCCUGCUUCAAAUCAGCCUCAAAGUAAGAGAUGAGAUUUCUCUUAUGGUGCAGCACUUACCAGGUUUAACAUGUGUCUAACUUGUCUUGAUAUUAAACCAACCAACAGUCAGAGUCUGUACUGUGGCCUCGUAUUGAUCUUUUGGUCAGAGAUGCUUAUUUCAUGCGUGGAUAGCACAAUACAUUAAUAAACAAAAGAAGCAAUUUCACACAAAUGUCCCAAAACUGUUGCCGCACAGACCAGACACACAAACCCUCACAUACACGCAGACGCAGGUACAUAUUUACUGUAAAUAUGAGAUGACAGAGCUAGAGAGGGAAAGUGUAUCCAGGUCAAACAAAUCUCACACACCAACAAAUCAGUGCACCAAGAUAUUCACACAUACACGCACGCACACGCACACACACACACACACACACACACACACACACACACACACACAGACACACACGCACACACACAGACACAGACACACACACACACACACACACACACACAGACACACAGACACAGACACACACAGCUGGUUCUGGCGCUAAAUCCUCUCCCAAUUUUGUCGGGUUCCAUCAAAGGACGAGCCUAAAGUCCCUCGAGGUUAAAUAGCAACUGAUGAAGAUGAUGAUAAUGAUAUAAAGUACAAUACUGUUCCUUCUUCUUACUUGUUACUCUACUACUACUACUCUACUCUACUCUAAGUACUACUGAUGAUGAUGAUGAUAAUGUUUUUAUAUAUAUACAUAUGUCUCUGGAUAUUUCUGUAGUGUAUUAUGGGAGAAACACUAGUGUAGCAGAUACCAUGAAGGGGAAGGCUGGCCUUGAAUUCUGAAUUCACAUCACAUGUUAACUGUAUGAGGCCAUAAUGUGAGUGCUGAAAUUCAGCGGAAUUCCCCUUUAACAGACCUUAAAGAGGGGAGGAACGAACUGGAUUAGCAGCGGCUGUUUUUCUUUUCUUUUGAAAUUUCGGUUGUCAGUGGUGCAGUGGGUGUAUAUUAAAGGGGUAUUUCUUGAAAUCCAAAAACAUUCCAUGUUUAAGAUCAUUACUAUGUUUUUUAUGUUUGUUUGAAGGUGCCCUGUGGAGAAACAAAGUUAUGUUUACAUUCAGUGUUAACUCACCAAAACGCAUUGUGUGUAUCCCUGGGGCUUGACAAAGGUGCUGAAUGCAUUUCCUUCCUAAUAAAACAUUUGCAAAGCCAAUUUUUAAAAAUAUUUUAACUCUUGCAUUGUUUACAUCCAUGUUUACUUGCUAGUAGUCCUCUUCUUUGCUGCCUUUGUUGGCAUAUUGCAAAAUUUCUUUGCGCAUUACGUCAGUGGAAUAGCAUUAAACCGGCAGCAUAAUGUGAAUCAAAUUGCCUGUGUGCUCAUGUGCAAAGAUGUCCAACCAACCGUAUUCACGAUGCAUACACGAUGGGGACCCAUUCAUAAAAAACAUUGCUCUAUACUACGAUGCUACUAGGGGUGAAAAACUCCACAGGGCACUUUAAUUUUUAUGUUGCGGGACACAUUGAUUUUUUAAAUAAAUUUAAUAAACUGCCUGGGUUGCAUGUUACAAAGUUGAAGUUUAGACCCCACCCCCCAACUUUGAACCAAACAGUAAACCCCGCCCAACACAGAGGUUACUGGAGGACAAAAAAAAAGCGCACCAUAAGUGUUUCAGACGAAAAGAAAAACGAAAAACGAAAAACGCAGCGAUCCAGUUGGAUUCCUGAACCUGGAACGUCUGUUCGUUUAGGCUCAGCAGACCUGAUGCUGCUAGAUGGCGACCAUGAUCAUGAGAACUUUUUUUCGGUGUGAACCAACAAAAAUCUGUUUAUUCUUGUCUGAUCAUUAUGAUAGAGUAAUGGGACAAAGAGAGGGGGAAAAAAACUGAAAUUUUAGCAAUAUUUUCAUUCUUUCAGGAUAAUCUGUGUUUUAGGGGGUUAAACAGGAAGUGGGUGUCACGCUCCAGUGUUUAUGCCCCACUCUUGUUUUUACUCCUGUUGCGUCCUUGAUAUUCACAUUGUCUUAAAGGUACUUUCUGUGUAAAUUUAUUUGAUGAAAAAUGAUUUUGCUUUGUAAUUAUGUUGUUUUUUUUCUUGGUUUUUGUAUGAUCUUGUUCAUUUUGUGGAAAACUGAUACUGAUGCUAUUUAUUUUCUAUUUGAUCAGGAAAUGUAACCUUAUUUGAAGAUGAUGGUCAGGUUGUGUGUGUGUGUGUGUGCAUGUGUGUGUGUGUUGGUGUAUGUAUCCAGGGAGUGCUGGAGCAGGAGAUAUGCGUAGACAGAGUGAUAGAGAACUCUUUGUUUCUUUUUCUCUCUCUCUCCUUCUCUCCUUCCUGAGGGACAGGGUUUGAAUCCGAAUGUAUUGUAAAAACAAAUCGAUUGUUUUUCUGACGUUUGAGACGCAGAGCUACCUGUUGGCUGCUUCGUAACCAAACAUUCAAAAGCCCUCCAGACCAGCAGUUUUUCAAAACACACACUUGAAAUCAGGCCUGAGUCAACAAGGUUUUGAAAUCCAUUUGACGUGCAGCUCCCAGACUGGAAUUUUAAGUUUUAUUGAGCUGUUAAUGAGUAAUUAAACAUUUCAGAACAGAGUCAUGAAUCUUACAGUGAUGCGUUUAUGGCCCUUGCCUAAAUUUCCAUUUUUUUCCAUGAAUGCUUUAAGUUUGGUUUGAGUUUGAGUAGACUUGCUCUGAUGCUUUCAGGCUGCGGUUUACUACACCUGAUUUGCCAUUGCUUCUUUGUUCCUUUCAACCAUUAACAUUGCAACUGUGCAUUUAAUUUAAUUUGCAGAUGUUGCAAUCGACAUCCAGAUUGGAUCUUCUAACUCGUCAGUCAAAUCAAAAACUAAAUAUUGUCAAAUUUGUGCAUGAAAUAGUUGACAUAAACACUUAACACAAGGUCCACUGACUAGCGUUUUCUGCAGCUUACAAUCACAUGUCAUGGUCUUCAUCAAGGGAUAGAGUUGCUUGGUCGUCCUAGAGAUGGCUCAGUAGUCAUCGUGUAACAGAUGGUUGCAAUGUAUCGUCAGAUGAUGGCACUUGAGCCAUCUCUAUGACAUCUGAGUGAACUCGAUCUGCUGAGAUACGAUCGAAAGCUCUGGAAAAAGCUAUAAAUUGGAACCUGAGUUAGGAUUAUUACACACGGGCUAGUGGUUCCCAACCUUUUUGCUUGCGACCCCUUAGAACAAAUAAUUGUUUACUUGGUGACUCCUGCUUGUGUGAACAUGAGUUGCGAGCAGUUAAACCAAAGAGUGUUUAUCCCUGUCAAAUAGUUUGAAUUGUGGGGUUUUCAAAGGCAAAAAAAUACAAAAAGCAAAUAUGUUGAGGAAACAAAAACAAACACAUUAAAACUCAUUUUAAAUAACUUGUGACCCUUCUGAAUUAUCUCAGGACCCCAUAAGGGCCCUGACACCCAGGUUGGGAACCACUGACAUAUGCCUCUCUUCUCUACAGUACCACAGCGCUGUAUUAUUUUUUCCUUUCAGGCAUAAAUGUUUUGUUUUUCCCCUAUUUUUGCAGCGUGAGUGUAUGCCUCAAAGUCCACAAUUUUGCAUUUGGAGUGCUCCUUGGCAGUCACAAAAUAGAAACACACUGAUGGAUAAGAUGUACUGGCAGCCUCAAACCAGUAAACACAUCAAAACCUGCACCUGCAGGCACCAUCUGACUGGCACUCUGGGCAGGCAAGGAAAGCAAAUGCUCCCAUUUGGUCGGAUUUCAAACGUUGUCUUGAGUCAG